UCCCAGCUCCGUGGGCCGCCGAGCCAUGGGCGAGCCUGCUGCCGACGUGCGCGCCUUCCUGCGCGAGCACCCGAGCCUGCGGCUGGAGCCUGGCGCCAGCAAGGUGAGGUGCACUCUGACGGGCCACGAGCUGCCCUGCCGCCUGCCCGAGCUCCAGGUCUACACUCGCGGCAAGAAGUACCAGCGGCUGAUUCGAGCCUCCCCGGCCUUCGACUACGCCGAGUUCGAGCCGCACAUCGUGCCCAGCACCAAGAACCCGCACCAGCUGUUCUGCAAACUCACUCUGCGGCACAUCAACAAGUCCCCGGAGCAUGUGCUAAGGCAUACCCAGGGCCGGCGGUACCAGAGAGCUCUGCGUAAAUAUGCGGAGUGCCAGGAGCAGGGUGUGGAGUAUGUGCCUGCCUGCCUCCUGCACAAGAGGAGGAGGAGGGAAGACCAGAUGGACAGUGACGGGCCACCUCACCCCAGAGAAGCCUUCUGGGAACCCGAAUCCAGCGAUGAGGAUGGCGCCCCGAGUGACAAUGACGACAGUAUGACAGACCUGUACCCACCCGAGCUGUUCACCAGAAAGGACCUGGGAGGCACUGAGCAUGGGGACAACACUGAUGACUUUUUGACAGAUGAUGAGGAUGAGAAGCCAAGGCGCCCACGGGAGAAGGGCCCUGGGGAUAGAGAGGGGAUGGAAGUGGACCGGGAGAUGGUCCUCAAGCGCAGGAAGAAGCAGUUGGGCUCGUCCAAGAAGUUCAAGAGUCAUCACUGCAAACCGAGGAGCUUCAGGUCUUUUAAACAGUCAGGUUAAUAAAAGAUGGCUGGAGACAACGCA